UCCAAAGGUCACAAGCCAAAACAGAGUCAGGUGUCCGCCUCGACAUCGUCCCGUCUCUCCUUGACUUUACGGCUUGGGGGUAAAAAGGGUCGCUCAUUGAGUUUAUUGCUGCUGCUCCUGUUAAUUGUCCGCUCCUUUUAACGAUUUCCUAGCCGUUCACCGUUGGGCCACGACGAACUGUGAUUGGGGUGUGACGCCGGCCUCCGAAUCGAACCCGUCAAUCUCCGACCGCUGAUAAGCAUACCGACUCGACCGAUUCUCACUGGCUCCAGGGGCAUGUAAUAGCUGGGAAGAACGCAACAGCAGCAAUCAUGUCGAACUUCGGUAGGGACUCGACUCCGCCCACGCACCAGCGACACAUGUCGACAUCUCCGGGGUCCUACUUGGGUCGGUCGUUUGGUCGUGCCGGGUCAACAGCUCGUCUCGCCUCACCCGUCACACAUCGCUCCCCUGGGCAACAAGCGCCAGUACCAGCGGGCGAGGAAUCGUCUUCCGGCAAUGUGACGCCGCUCCCGGGUCCGGGCUCAUACGUCGCUGGGCCCGGCGUCUCUGCACUUGCCGCCGCGCUCUCCAAUUCGAUCGGCACCCCACCUCCGCGUUUCGGCACACCGCCUGUCAGAUCUGCUUCUCCUGUCCCGGCUCCGCCCAAUUUUGCACCAUCGGGGACCCCAAACUACUAUGGCUCCUUUGAUGCGAGGAGGCCUAUGGCCUACGAGGACCCCGAGGUCAUCAAGAGGCACUUGGUCCAGCCCGGCGAUGUCGGUUCAGACGAUGGGUCGAGGAGCCUCAGCGAUGGGUCCAAGGGCAAACGACCGGCCGACUGGAACCGCUCCGGCCUCGAUGACGAGUUUUCGAGUCUGCGACUGCAGGGAGGCGACAUCACACGACCAAUAUACAAGUGGACGGAAGAGGCCGACCAACGGAACAGGAUGCAGCGCAGCAAGAGCUUCAGUGUCCCCAGGCCGGAGCCUGAGAACGAAGAGCUUGACAUCAACCAUAUCAAAGUACCUGGGGGCUUCAGGCGUAACUUCAUUCGGCGGGCUGCUAGGGAUUCCGACGAAGUGGAGCACGGCCUGGGCGCUAGCCAGAAAGCACAGCCUCAAUUGUUUACAAACUCCUUUCUAGAAUUCCUCAGCCUUUAUGGACACUUUGCCGGUGAAGAGCUCGAGGAAGACGAUGAGGUGCUAAAACCGGGGGAGUAUUUCACUUCGGGAAGCGAGGCCGACUUUUACGAUGAAGUGUCUGACGAGGAUCGAGAGCCAAUGGAAGAUAGCGCUUUAUUAACGCCCUCAAGGCGAAAACGGAGGCGGAAGGAACGUGGAGGGAGCGGACAGAACAGUCCCAUGAGCGCAGCCUUGCUGCUGCUAAAGUCGUUCGUCGGUACCGGCGUCCUGUUCCUGCCCCGCGCAUAUCUCAACGGCGGUAUGCUGUUUAGUAACCUGGUCCUGCUAUUUGUCGCGGCGCUGAGCUACUACUGCUUCGUCCUGCUUGUCACGACCAGGUUGAAAAUAGAGGGUUCGUUCGGCGACAUAGGCGGCAUUCUUUACGGCAAAUGGAUGAGAGCGCUCAUCUUGGCAUCCAUCGUCAUCAGCCAGAUCGGCUUUGUUGCAGCCUACAUCGUAUUCACGUCGGAAAACUUGCAGGCCUUCAUUCUCGCCGUGUCCAAUUGCCGGACCCUGAUCCCGAUUACAUGGCUCAUCAUUAUCCAAAUGGUCAUAUUCUUGCCUUUCUCACUCCUCCGCGACAUCGGCAAGCUUGGCUUCACGGCACUCAUCGCUGACGCCUUCAUCGUCAUCGGCCUAGCCUACCUCUUCUACUACGACAUCCUCACUCUCAACACGCACGGUUUGGCCGACAUCAUCAUGUUCAACCAAAAGGACUGGACGCUCUUCAUCGGCACGGCCAUUUUCACCUUUGAAGGCAUUGGCCUCAUCAUCCCGAUCCAGGAGUCGAUGCGGCAGCCGCAAAAGUUCCCCAAGGUCAUGUUCGCCGUCAUGGUCAUUAUCACGACGCUGUUCACCGUCAUGGGUGCCGUGUCGUACGCCGCGUACGGGUCGAAGACGGAGACGGUGGUGCUGCUCAACCUACCGCAGGACGACAAGAUGGUCAAUGGCGUCCAGUUUCUCUACUCGCUCGCCAUCCUGCUCUCGACCCCGCUGCAGAUCUUCCCCGCCAUCCGUAUCACCGAGAACGCCCUAUUUACCAGGAGCGGCAAGUACAACCCGUACAUCAAGUGGCAGAAGAACGUGUACCGCUUCUUCGUCGUCGCCCUCUGCGCCCUGAUUGCCUGGGGCGGUGCGGACAACUUGGACAAGUUCGUCGCCUUGGUCGGUAACUUUGCCUGUAUCCCGCUGGUGUACAUUUAUCCGCCUAUGCUGCACUACAAGGCGGUUGCGAGGACUUCGCUGCGCAAGGCAUCGGAUAUCCUGCUGUGCAUAUUUGGCUUUGUGGCCAUGGCGUACACGACUUCCCUGACGGUGAUGAGCUGGGCGUCCGGGUCUGGCGGUGGGGGGCUGCCAAACUAUUGCGACAGCAAAGGAAAUGGGCUGUAGGAGACCCUAGGUGGCCUUGGAGGGAUGGAUUGGAAUUAUGCAUAUGGAACUUUUCUUCUGUUUAUUUCUAUAUAGCGAUCCUAGAGCAUCGUGGGCGUUUUUCACUGGUCUAUCAUUGCACUGGCAGAAGGAAGUUAGGGGUUGGCGUGGUUUCUGGGAAUUGUUGGAAUUGUCACAGCUUCAGCUGCAGCACAUAUCAUCAAUCAUGUAGACAGGCCAUCUCAGGAAGACAGGCGGUAGAGGUAGAUGGGCAGAUUGAGGCGGACGAGGCUCAGAAUGAGAAGCGUCUAGUCGGCGCGGUUCAUACAAUCUAUGGAUAGAAGAGGGAAGGAAAUUAGCGCAAUCGUCAUUAUGUUUUGGUCCUUCACCCUUCUGCGGGUUCUCAAUUCUAGUGACUGCCUCGGUUGA